AUGGAAGACUUUUGUACAGAACUUUGUACGGUUGCUGAGACUGCAAGAAAGCUUGGGAUAUUAGUGAUUGCUGAUGAAGUUUAUGAUCAUCUUACUUUCGGGAGCAAUCCAUUUGUUCCCAUGGGGGUCUUUGGAUCAAUUGCUCCUGUUAUCACGAUUGCCAAUUGCAUUACGGGUUUUCUCAAUAUAUCCUCUGAUCCUGCAACCUUCAUUCAGGGGGCAGUUCCACAAAUCCUUGAGAAAACUAAUGAGGAUUUUUUCUCAAAGAUCCUUACCAUUCUGAAAGAAGCUGCAGACUUUUGUUAUCAUGCAAUCAUGGAGAUCCCUUGCAUAACUUGCCCAAGCAAACCCGAAGGAUCUAUGUUCGUAAUGGUGAAACUAAAUCUCUCACUUCUGGAAGGCAUUACUGAUGAUGUGGACUUCUGUGUUAAACUGGCAAAGGAGGAAUCCGUGAUAGUUAUGCCUGACAGCCUUGUAGCUAAGAGAAUGAUUCUGCUCAGUGUGGAGGCUGAAAGCUCAACUAGAGGUGGGGCAGUUCCACAAAUCCUUGAGAAAACUAAUGAGGAUUUUUUCUCAAAGAUCCUUACCAUUCUGAAAGAAGCUGCAGACUUUUGUUAUCAUGCAGUCAUGGAGAUCCCUUGCAUAACUUGCCCAAGCAAACCCGAAGGAUCUAUGUUCGUAAUGGUGAAACUAAAUCUCUCACUUCUGGAAGGCAUUACUGAUGAUGUGGACUUCUGUGUUAAACUGGCAAAGGAGGAAUCCGUGAUAGUUAUGCCUGACAGCCUUGUAGCUAAGAGAAUGAUUCUGCUCAGUGUGGAGGCUGAAAGCUCAACUAGAGGUGAUAGUGUUUUGCAUACCUAUAAGAAGAGCAUUCAAUUAGUUUUUCAAAUUUUGAAAGUCAAAAGGUGGCUUGUUAGAUUUAAAAUGACGUCUGAUGACACAAUGUUCAUUGCAGGGGUAGCUGUAGGACUCAAGAAUUGGCUUCGCAUAACUUUUGCCAUUGAGCCAUCGUCUCUUAAAGAAGGCCUCGAAAGGAUCAAAGCUUUCUAUCAAAGGCAUGCCAAGAAACAAUAA